UGUGUUUGUGUGUGCGUGUGUGUGUGUGUGUGUGUGUGUGUGUGCGCGCUCUCCUGCUCUGCUCUCUGGUGUGAGUCUCCCUCCAUGCCAGUCCCGCUCUCUCUCUCUCUCUCUCUCUCUCUCCUCCCUCUCUCCCUCUCCCUCUCUCUCUGUAUCUCUCUAUCAGUCUCUCGGCUCGGACCGGACGCACGCGAUGGACUCGGACGGCACUCAGAGCGGCUCGGAUUCCCCGCACGACCCCUGCAAAAUGUUCAUCGGAGGUCUGAGCUGGCAGACUACUCAAGAGGGUCUGAAGGAUUAUUUCUGCAAAUUCGGUGAGGUGAAGGAGAGCAUGGUGAUGCGAGAUCCGGUUACGAAGCGCUCCAGGGGCUUCGGGUUCGUCACGUUUGCCGACCAGGCCGGUGUGGAUAAAGUUCUGGCUCAAACCCGACACGAGCUGGACUCCAAAACGAUCGAUCCGAAAGUGGCAUUCCCUCGUCGAGCUCAGCCCAAGCUGGUGACCAGGACGAAGAAGAUCUUCGUGGGCGGAUUAUCGGUGAACACCACCAUCGACGACGUGAAGCAGUACUUCGACCAGUUCGGGAAGGUGGACGACGCCAUGUUAAUGUUCGAUAAAACCACCAACAGACACAGAGGUUUUGGCUUCGUGACGUUUGAGAACGAGGACGUGGUGGAGAAGGUGUGCGAGAUCCACUUCCACGAGAUCAAUAAUAAGAUGGUGGAGUGUAAAAAGGCUCAGCCUAAGGAAGUGAUGUCACCGGCAGGGUCCUCCAGGGGCCGAGCGAGGGUCAUGCCUUAUGGCAUGGAUGCCUUCAUGCUGGGGAUCGGCAUGCUGGGUUACCCAGGAUUCCAGGCGGCAACGUACACCGGCCGCAGUUACACCUCUAUCACUCCAGGAUACACGUACCAGUUCCCAGAAUUCCACUUAGAGAGGACCCCCCUCCUGACUUCACCCCACCCUCCCGAACUCACAGCUAUCCCUCUGACGGCGUAUAACCCGAUGGCAGCGGCGGCGGCUGCGGCGGCUGUGGUUAGAGGCUCCGCCCCCUCUCGCUCUGCUGGCUUUCUGAGCACCAGCAGUCCUGGACCAAUGGCAGAGCUUUAUGGAACGGCCAGUCAGGAAUCCACGGUGAGCAGUUACAUCAGCGCUGCAAGCCCCGCCCCCAGCACCGGGUUCAGCCACAGCCUCGGGGGUCCUCUGAUCGCGACAGCGUUCACUAACGGCUACCACUGAGACUGAAGAUGAAAAGAUGAGCCAAUCACGCGCUUCCAUGGAGAAAAACUACACUAGUGUUUCCUGUGUUUCUCUUACAUCACUUCCUGUACUAACACUGUCUCUGUCUCACUCUUAACAGAAGGAAAUGUAAAUAUUUUAUUUCUGGUACGAAGGAAAAGCUUUCAUGUUUUGUAAAACUACGGUUUUAUCUUUUAAAUAUUUUCAUUCUUCCUGUUGAUUUUUUUCCCUUUCUGUAAGACAUGCUUUUGUUUACUUUUGUUCCGUUGUUUUGUUUUGUUUUUCCGAGACACCGUAGGUUUACAAUCGUAGCCUCAUGUUUUAAGAUGUCAAAACAUUUGACGGGAGCAAUAAUGUGUGUCCUGAGCAGGCAUGUGCCGAUGUCUAUUUUUUAUACCGCGAUAAUUCCCGAGUAACAAAACACACUUUCAUAAUGAGCUCACUGAUCUCUAUUUUUAUAUUCUAAUAUUGAUAAUAAUAACUACAACAUAAAAUCAUCUCAGAAAUCCUGUCAGGUUAGCUCAUGUUAGCCAGCUAGCUAGCACUAACCCUGAACAUUCCAAACGUUUGUAAAGUUCACCUAAAAUUCUGUCAUGCUAGCUAACAUUAUCAGUGAGUUCUAGCUAGCUAGCUAAUGUCAGCAGAAUAUUAUGAGCAUUCAUUACUACGAGUUCAAAAUUCCUCUCAGAAAUCCAGUCAGAUUAACUCACGUUAACUAGCUAGCUAGCAUUAGCAGUUUAGAUUCUAAACAUUUAUGGAUAUAACUUUUCUUUUAAAUUCUGUCAUCUUUUGUUAGCUCUCAGUCAGAUUAACUCACAUUAAAUAACUAGCUAGCAUUAGCAGUGACUUCUGCUGUGAAUUGUCUCCUAAAUUCUUGUCAUGAUACAUUUUGGAUGGCUAGCUAGCAGUACGAAUUAGGAAACUAAUCCUUUCAGAAAUCCUGUCAGGUUUAGCUGAUGUUAUGUUCGUUAGCUAGCUAGCAUCUGUUAACAGUGAAGAUUAUGAAGAUUAAUUACUAUAACUUUAAAGUUCCACUCAGAAAUCCUGUCAGGAUAGAUCAUGUUAGCUAACUAGCAGUAAAGACUAUGGACAUAAUUGAGUUCAUCUUAAAAACAGUCUCCUAAAUUAUGUUAUUUCAAAAUGGCAGUUUGGCUAGUAGCCAGUUAGCUAGUGUGUAUUCGCAGUAAAAAAAAAAAAUUAGGAAUAUGAUCAUGUGACUUAAAAUUACGCUCAGAACUCCUGUCAUGUUAGCUAGCCACUGUUAGCAGUGAAGAUAUAACUGUUUAUACAUACGAGUUACAUAAGAAAUCCUGUCUGUCAGGUUAGCUGGUGUUAACAAGCUAGCAUUAGCAGUUAAAAAUAUAUACAUUCAUACAUAUGACUUCAAAAAUUCCUCAGAAAUCCUGUCAGGUUAGCUGAUGUUAUGUUAGUUAGCUAGCGAGCCAGUGAGCGGUGAGGAUUAGGAACAUUUAUACAUAUGAUUCUAAGAAAUCCUGUCAAUUUAGCUGGUUUUCACUACCUAGCUAGCAUCAGCAGUCAAAAAAAAAGGUGAAUAUCAUGAGUGAGGCUUAAAAUUGUUUAUUCAAAUGUGUUAUCUUUUUGAUAGCUAGCUAGCAUCAUGUGACGGUAAUGUGGCACGAACAUCCUCUCAGAAAUCCUGUCAUGUUAGCAUCCUGUUAGCUAGCUGGCUAAUAAAGGCUGUAAAACUCGCAGGCGUUACCGUGGUGACCGGCACAUGCCUCGUCCUGAACACUGUUUGAUUUCGUUUUUUAAAAGGAUACGAUGCAUUUUUUUCAGAUGCUAAUUUUUCUACGGAAAAUAAAUAUUCGGAAGGAAUGUCAAAAAAAUGUAUAUUUUUGGUAGUUUUGCAACUGGAUUUUAUGAUAUUUGAUUGCGAUCAGAUGAACCGAGGACAUAUUUUUCAUGGAAUUUGAUCUUUUUUUUGUCUUGUAAAGGAUUUUAAACGCUGUCUUUUGGAUCUUGUUGAGAUCAAAAUCGAUUCACUGUGGAAAACAUCUGUGAUGUGUGUGUGUGUGUGUGUGUGUGUGUGUGUGUGUGUGUAUGCAACACGCGAUAAAAACAUUGUACACUUAACACACUGUUUUCUUUCAAUUUAAUAUGUUUUAUUUUUUUUAACUUGUCAUGUUUAUCAUGUGUGUCGAGUGUGACAGGCUACUAAUAAUGCUGGAAGUGUGUGUGUGUGUGUGUGUGUGUGUGUGUGUGUGUGUGUGUGUGUGUGUGAUGAUGUGAUUUAUAAUGUGAAUGUAAUGACUCUCACUGUAACACUAAACCUUGUCAUUAACGUCUCUGUGUUGUGUUCAAGAUGGCCGACUGUUCAAAACUGUUCCCUCUAAACACCUUUAAUAUGAAGUAACGUUGUGUUCUGGGGGCUUUUUGUUGUUGUUUUUUUGUUGUUGUUUUUUUUUUUUUGAAGACUGAUUUCGAUGACAUUAACUUCAGAUCUCUUCCAUCACGUUUCCUGUCAAACUUCACUGUCAAAAAACAACAUUUCAAAAAUUCCUAAUAAAUUAUUUCAGUAUAAUAA